CAAUUAUUCGUUUAUUGAGUUACUGUGUCUCAGCAGGAGAGAAGCCUUGUGGGUGCAAAGGUAAACAGUCUAGGCCUCAACCUACAGGAAGUUUCAGUUUCCACAGAAGGGGCGGGGCGGGGGCGGGAAAGACGAGUAAACAAAUAUUUAUAACACCGGGUAGUAAUUGCUGUAAUAGAGGCUCACGACAAAAAGUGUUACCGGAUGUCAGACACCGGGACAAGAAAAGUACUGAGAGCUUAAGGAGCCAAAGGAAAGACAUAACAAUUAUGGAAUAUGCAAUUGUCUUCUGACAAAUGUGUCCUGUAACCCAUGUGUUACACGGGAAGUACUAAACAAAGCAGAGUUACAAGUGGAGGCUGAGCGCCCUGAGAGCCCGAGGGACAAGGCGCGGUAGGACCUGAAAGGGGUUAAGAUGGGAAGGUGGGCGUGGUAAGCGUUGAUUGGCAGGGGUGGGGCCAGGCUCGUCACCCUCCCCCUCCUCCACCCGGGUUCCUCCAACCCCUGGGCUGGCUGGGGUACAGCCAGGGCGAGGGCUCGAGCGCUGGGCCGAGUCGCCAGUCCCCUCCUCCCCAGCUCCUCUACCCGCGUUCCGGGGCUGGAGGCGCUGGAGAAGUUGGGCAGCGCCCGGGCCGGCUCUGGGCGCUGACAGUCGGCAAAGUUUGGCCCGAAGAGGAAGUGGCCUCAAGCCUCGGCAGGUGGCGGCCAGGCCUGGACCCGGACGUUCGCGGCCUGCGGGCGGGCUCUAGGCGAGGGCGCGCCCCAGCGCUGGACUUCGAGCCAACUCCCUGGGCUUCGGGGGUCAGCCUCUGGAGAGAGCGCUGCGGCGGCCGGGGAGAACAACUCCAAAGUUGGCGAGAGGCACCGCCCCGGUUCCCGGGCCGCCGCCGCCCCCCACCAGCCCCCAGCCCUGGCAUCCGGAGCCUCGGUCGAGGAGUCUGGGCCAUGGAGCCCCCUCGGGGAGGCGGCACUGAGGAGCCAGGAUACCCGGAGUGGCGCCGCCUCCCCACUGGGUAGACGAUCGAAGCUCCGGGACUCUUCCUGCGCCUCGGGACGGCUCACGAUGCUGCCGGCCAUCCUUCUCCUCCUGGAUCACCGUACCCAUCCUACAAGCCGCACUGGAGGACCUUCCUUUGAGGUCACACACCGCUGCCUCCCCCUGUUCCACCACCCUUCUCGUAAACUACCCGGAAGCCGCCGAUGGUUCCCUUUCCUCCUUGAGAAGCUCAGGUGGAGAAAACUCCGAAGUGUGACUCUUGCCCUUUCUCGCUCUUCCUCUAGGAGGCGCUCUGGCCCACCAAGACCGGAUCCUUUUCCCAAAUCAUGGUGAGUAGAGGAUGCCUCUGGGGUCCCAUGGGCUUGGUAAUGAGAGAGCACCCUAGAGAAAGACUCUCUUCCUUGACUUCCUCUGGUACCUUCCAUAGUUUUCGAGUGGAGAUCAGCCAUCCUCUGUUUUACAGACAGAAACUGAAACCCAGCGUGGGCCCUCACUUGGUAGUUAUGUACUAUUUGCCCCCCCAAUAUCCAUCCUUGAUUCGCCUCGCCCAAAUGUAAUCUCCUUGAGGAUAGAGAUCGUAUUUCCCGUUCCUCCUGGCCCAGUGGUUGGCACAAAGCAGACCUCAUUUUGUUUGUGGUGUUGAUACCUAAGGUGGAACAACGAUGAGUGUGGUGAGAAGGGGAGCCCACUGACGACUCUGCCUCCAGAGUGUGUGUGGCUGGGAAGGGGGAGUUUCUGUGCUCCUUCUUGAAGAGCCCAGGCCCUUGGAAGCAUGAAGCCUGGGGAGGAGUGGCAUGGUAAGAGGCUCGCAACUGAUGUCCUUACCUUCCUCUCUCCAGCCUGUGAGGACCCCCCAGCAGUGCUUUUGGAAGUGCAGGGCACCAUACAGAGGCCCCUGGGCCGGGACAGCCGCAUCUCCCCUGCCAACUGCACCUGGCUCAUCCUGGGCAGCAAGGAGCAGACUGUAACCAUCAGGUUCCAAAAACUACACCUGGCCUGUGGCUCAGAGCGCUUAAUCCUGAGCUCCCCCUUCCAGCCACAGCUCUCCCUGUGCGAGGCACCUGCCAGCCCUCUGCAGCUGCCUGGAGGCAACGUCACCAUCACCUACAGCUAUGCUGGGGCCAGAGCACCCAUGGGCCAGGGCUUCCUGCUCUCCUACAGCCAAGAUUGGCUGAUGUGCCUGCAGGAAGAGUUCCAGUGCCUGAACCACCGCUGUGUGCCCUUAGCCCAGCGCUGCGAUGGGUUUGAUGCCUGUGGCGAUGGCUCUGAUGAGGCAGGUUGCAGCUCAGAUCCCUUCCCUGAACUGACCCCAGUCCCUGUCCCCACCCCACCCUGCAAUCACACCCUGGAAGACUUCUAUGGGGUCUUCUCUUCCCUUGGAUACUCACACCUGGCCUCAGUCUCCCACCCCCAGUCCUGCCUCUGGCUGCUGGACCCCCAUGAUGGCCGGCGCCUGGCAGUGCGAUUCACAGCCCUGGACCUGGGCUAUGGAGAUGCCGUGCAUGUGUAUGAUGGCACGGGGCCCCCCGAGACCCUCCGGCUGCUGCGCAGCCUCACCCACUUCAGCAAUGGCAAGGCUGUCACUGUGGAGACACUGUCUGGCCAGGCCACCGUGGACUACCACACAGUCGCCUGGAGCAGUGGUCGGGGCUUCAAUGCCACCUACCACGUGCGGGGCUACUGCUUGCCUUGGGACCGACCAUGUGGCUUAGGCUCUGGCUUGGGGGCUAGUGAGGGCCUGGGCGAGCGCUGCUACAGUGAGGCACAGCGCUGCGAUGGCUCCUGGGACUGUGCCGAUGGCACAGACGAGGAGAACUGUCCCAGCUGCCCACCUGGACACUACCCCUGUGGGGCUGCCGGCACCCCUGGUGCCACAGCCUGCUACCUGCCUGCUGACCGCUGCAACUACCAGACCUUCUGUGCUGAUGGAGCAGACGAGAGACGCUGUCGGCACUGCCAGCCUGGCAACUUUCGAUGCCGGGAUGAGAAGUGCGUGUAUGAGACAUGGGUGUGCGAUGGGCAGCCUGACUGUGCUGAUGGCAGCGACGAGUGGGACUGCUCCUAUGCCCUGCCCCGCAAAGUCAUUACUGCCGCCGUCAUUGGCAGCCUCGUGUGUGGCUUGCUGCUGGUCAUUGCCCUGGGCUGCACCUGCAAGCUCUAUGCCAUUCGCACCCAGGAGUACAGCAUCUUUGCCCCCCUCUCCCGGAUGGAGGCUGAAAUUGUGCAGCAGCAGGCGCCUCCCUCCUAUGGGCAGCUCAUUGCCCAGGGCGCCAUCCCACCUGUAGAGGACUUCCCUACAGAGAACCCCAAUGAUAACUCAGUGCUGGGCAACCUGCGCUCUCUGCUGCAGAUCUUGCGCCAGGACAUGACUCCAGGGGGGGCCACAGGUGCCCGCCGCCGCCAACGGGGCCGUUCUAUGCGCCGCCUGGUGCGUCGUCUCCGCCGCUGGGGCCUGCUUCCUCGAACCAACCCCCCGGCCAGGACCCCUGAGACCAGAUCCCAGGUCACAUCUUCUGCUGCUCCCCCCGAGACCUUAGAUGGCAGCACAGGUCUGGCCAGUGAGGGCGGGGCAGUGGGCGGACAGGAUGGGGAACAGGCACCCCCGCUGCCUGUCAAGGCCCCGCUGCCACCUGCCAGCACAUCUGCAGCCUUUCCUACUGUCUCUGAGGCCCCGGGGCCACUGCCCUCAGCAUCCCUGGAGCCAUCACUGCUGUCCGGAGUAGUACAGGCCCUGCGAGGCCGCCUCCUGCCCAGCCUGCGGCCCCCAGGACCAACCCGGGACCCACCUGGACCCCACACAACAGUCCUAUCCCCAGAGGAUGAGGAUGAUGUGCUCUUGGUGCCACUGGCUGAGCCGGGGGUCUGGGUGGUUGAAGCGGAGGAUGAGCCACUGCUUGCCUGAGGUGACCUGACUCCCCUGUUGCUCUAUUCAGAGUGACAACAAGCCUUUAGAGGGCAGCUCAGCUUCCCUUCUACUACUUCCCUCCUUGUUCCUCAGUCUGAGGGGACAUGAUGGGCUUUCCAUUGAUGACAGGUAGCUGCGUUAAAGUUAGGUGUCCCUCAGGCAGGGAGAGGGCUCACACAGAGCCCCUUCUGCACAUGGCCAGAGACCACAGGCCACCACCACCACCAUUUGGGUGGCUGAUUUUAAAAGGUAAAGUUCUUAAAGGGUCAUAGGCCUGGACACUCCAUCCUUGCCAAACCGCCACCCAAAAGUGGCCUUAAGCACUAGAAUGCCAAUUGGCUGGGACUUCCAGCUCCCAAGGGGAGGAUUUGGGCAGGGCCUGAGGUUUUGCCUACAGGGAUCCCUCCCAGAAGGCCUGGCUCAUAAAAAGAGCACAACAAAUGCUUUUGUCCCAUAGCUAGGUCAUUGCCCAGGAAGCCAAGGUUGAAAAUAAAGGAAUCAGAAAUUUAAGAUUUUUGUAAA